GAUGUGUGUGUCUUAAUUCUGCGUGUUGUUAUUACUGUCACUGGAUUCUGCAAGUACAGACUCUGUCGCUUUGAUGUAGCAAUGCUCUUGUGUAUCAGCAUCACCAUGAGGCAGUGACAGCCCGGGGACAGGGAUGGCAGAGCUGGAGAUCGACCAGUCCAACCUGCCUCGCGUCCGAGAAGCGUCCAUGACAGCACCCAGUGCACCUCCAGCUAUGUGCCAGUGUUUUGCUGUUCUGGAGGAUGGAGUGUUGGCACACAACCUGCAGGAGCAGGAGAUUGAGCAAUACUACACCACCAACAUCCAGAAGAACCAGCUCGUACAGAACGACAUCCGUGUGGCCAAGAGGCUGCAGGAUGAGGAGGACGAUCAGCGAGCCCAACAGAGCGCCGACCUCAGACAGGCUUCCAGACAACUAGAGGAGCAAGACUUGGAGUACGCUCGUGUCAUUCAGGAGGAGCUCCAGCGGUGUGCUGAGGAGGCCCACAGAAGGGAACAGGACGAUGAGGAAAUAGCUAAACGAAUGCAGGAAGAGGAGGAGCAGAGGAUCAGAGCGAGGAGCAGAGGGCAGGAGGGCCACAGUGAAGACAGCGCCGGUGAUUCUGCUCUGCCGUCCUCACACCAGCACACACUCUGCAGCCCUCACCACGGAGGGGAACAGUGCUCAUCUACCUCCACGAGGUGGCAAUGUUCUACCUCUCACAACUGUUCAGACCUAACUCGGACUGGGGCUGCCUCCCCCAGGGGAGUAGUAGCUCAGGAAAGCACAACUUCAUGGUCAAAUCAAGGACACGCAGAUUCCAUUAGGCAAAUUAGGGAAGAGUUGAGAGAGGCUUUGAGUGAGGACUCUGAGGACUCGGACACAGUUUACCCUGCACAGCUCUCUGUCUGGUCCCAGAGACAGAAUAGAGGACUAAACACAGCCCCUCCUCAACGACGGGCCUCUUCACGUUAUCCACAAGAGAGAAACUACAGAAGUCUUAACUCGCACAGUAGCUUCACUAAUGAGUUCAGAAACUGGAACGAGGAGAGAGGGGAAUGGGAUGAGGAUUAUUAUGACAAUGAAUGUUAUGACAGAGAGAGGAGGAGGCACGGGAAUCAGCAUCAGGAGAGGAGCCACAGAGAGGAUUAUGAGGGACUGCACAGGGGCAGAGAUCAGGAUCGAGACUCCGGGUUGGUCGAGGGUAGAGAAAGGCGAUGCAGUCGCAGUGAAUCUGUCAGGUUACAUGACGGGAGUCGAGUCAAUAACAGGGACUUAGCAAGGACCUGGAGCCACAGGGACAGCCCAGACAAACGUGUCCAUUUUCAGGACGACACCAGAAACUCUUACAGGCAGCCGGAUGAAAGCAGACAAGUCUGGGAGAUGCUUGGCCAGGUCCUCAGAGAGAGGGGUGUGCCUGUGACGCUUGGUGCCAACGGGGCGCCACUGCAAAUAAGGCCUCAAAGCCGAGACAGCCAGGUGCUUCAUGGGAGUGAGGUCUCCUGCUGCAGCUCCCAACCACAUCAGAGAGCCUUCCAGAGAGCUGCCACCACCAGGCACAGUUUCCAUGGAGAUAUCCGGAAGAGGAGGAGAUCGUCACACCGAGAAAACAGUGGGAGAGAUCACAGAGAAGACCCAGACGGGCACUGUGAUAACGUGGAGCGUGAUGGAGAGGUUUAUGAGAUUAGCAGCAGAGACUCGAAUCUUGCGAGCGGAGAAAGGCGAGGCAGUAGAAGGUGGAGAGAGCACAGAAACACUAAUGACGACGAGAGGGAGAGGAAUGCAAAUGAUUACAGGGUCAGGAGGACAACGAGUGAACGCAGAACGUGGCACAAGACCACAGAACGAAGGUUAAGCUCGGAGGAGGUGGAAGGGAGGGUGGAGUGGCCCCCUCGACGAGCCCCACAGCGUAGCCUAAGCCUCAGCAGCAGUGGGGCCUCAACCAUGGAUAGGUCAAGGCACGCAGCAGCAGGAGUGUUACUGCAACCAGAUCCGAGUGAGACAAGCCUGAACCUCGGGGAGUUGCAUCAAGUCUUGCGAGAUGAAGAACUUGCCCGCAAGCUGCAGGAAGAAGAGGAAAAGCUGUUGAGGAGAAACUCCCAACCCCCUCCACGUAGUCUAUACCCACAGGGAGACUUCAGAGUAGCACAAGUGGCACAGGAUGAGGAAAUUGCACGUUUUAUGCAGAAGCAGGAAAUUAAGUCAAAGCGCCGAUCUCGUGAGCUAGAAGGGCCGGCGUCGUGGCGUGAGCACAGAGCAAUGAUCAGUCACCAUGAUAGACGAGCUGCAAGAGAGAGAGAGGUCCAGCGAGAGAGACUGGACUCAGAGGGACUUCCUUCCCCCACUGAGGACUGCUGCCCAGAGAACCAGCCGCCCAGUCCCAUCUCCACUUUACUACCAGCCCAGCAAAUCAGGAACAUCGCAGAGGAGCUGGACCCGACCUUCCAGGCCCGGAGGCAAGACACAGAGCGCCUCCAAGUGGAACAAACUGGUCCAGCGUGUCAGUCACUUCCCGUGCCGCAUUCUGGCUUAAACGACUUACUUGUGGAGCCGGCUUUCAUCCCACCCACGAAGCGGCAACCGGACAAAUCAACGCAGUCGAAACUAAAAGAGAAGAAGGAAAACUGCAAGCAGCAAUGAUGUCCAGCACUGUGUCGGAUUGAUGGAUCGCGAAUAUAUUUCAUAGCACUAAAUAUCAGUUCUCAUGAUCUUAUUACUUUGAGGUUAAAAGAGUUAAGUUUUACCGGCCACUCCCAUUAGCACUUAAGACCAGUGGAACAAAGAAGUGACAUUUAAGACAAUUCCUUGAUUAAGUGAAUAGUGACAACACUAUUAUCAAAGGGACAAACUGAGGUUUUUUGAAGUAUUGUUUGAAUUUGUCAGUGUUUAAUUUUAACAUUAUACAUUUAUUUUUUUUAUUUGUAUCCUUUUAUUUGCAAAUCUGUGUGUUGGCAGUAUCCAAAAUGUCCUCUUUGUUUAUAUGUGUUCACAGA